AUGGAAUUAGCCCGAUUACUUCUAUCGUUCCAUGCACCUGUGCGCCCAAAGCAACGCUGCCUCGUGGCGGCAGGACUUUGCGCUGUGAGGCGUGCAUCAUUCAGGCCGAACCCAUGGCAAAGGCGAUCAAAAAGACCAAUCCAACGGCAUAACCCUUCUAAUACCCCAUCUUCCAGGGGACAGCCAGGUAAAAGCUCUGCUGGUUCUCAGGCAGGCGGCCAAGGUGAUGCAUCAUCUACCAGCAGCGGAACGAAUCCUCAAUAUAACACCUUGCUUGCUCCAGUCCACAUCCCCGAAGACCCGGAUGGACUACUUAAAGAGAACCAUCCUUCUAGCCAGAUCCUAGCCAAUUCAGGGCUGGUAGUGCAGAGACAACUGGAGAUGAUGAAUGUUUUGCUGUUAGUAAUUUCAUACCCCUUUUUUGACGAAGAUAGGAAGAUGGGUGACUCUAACCAGUGGCUAACCCAUGUUCCGUUAUCCAGUGGCUUUGAACAAGCAAACCGAUAUGUGAUCUUGGAUGCCCAUGGAAACCAUGUAGGAUACAUGGCAGAAGAAGAAAAAGGGAUGGGUAGCAUGCUAUCUCGCCAGUGGCUACACACUCACCGGCCAUUUGUCACUCAUGUCUUCGACAGAAACCAAAAUGAAGUUUUGCGUUUUCAUAGGCCCUUCUCCUGGAUCAAUUCUACAAUAUUUGUGUUUGACCCUCACAACAAUACGGCUGGGACUCAUGCACCAUUGAUUGACCUACAGCACAAUGUACCCGGCUCACAAGCGGGAUCUGUUAAAGUGUCUCCACUGGAACAUUCACAGAUGCGUGUUAUAGGAGCUGCACAGCAGCGUUGGGCGCCACUUCGACGGAAGUACAAUUUAUUCCUCUCCCAUCCAAAUACGCCGGUGAGGCGUAUACCAGCAGGCAUUCAACAACCCGCAGUUCCGCCGGAAAAAAGCUUGCAUCAGUUUGCGCAUGUCGAUGAACCGUUUCUAUCAUGGGACUUCUCCGUGCGCUCAGCUGAAUCUCAACUCCUCGGAUCCGUUAACCGCAACUUUGCAGGCUUUGCAAGAGAGAUAUUCACAGACACAGGAGUUUAUGCACUACGCAUGGAUUCAGCAAGCACGGCUGAAGAAAUACAGUCAAAGGGCACAGAGCCAUUGAAAAGUACACCUGCUCCGAGCAUGACAUUGGAUCAGCGAGCUGUUUUGCUUGCCACCGCUGUGACCAUCGAUUUUGACUAUUUCAGUCGUCAUAGCAGCGGCCCCGGUAUAGUCCCUAUUCCAUUGUUUGGCCUUGGUGAAGGCGGGGCAGGGGCAGCUGCGGGUACAGCCGCUGGAGGAGCUGGGGCUAUGGAAGGUGCUGCUGCAGGAGCUGUUGGUGCUGGUUCCAUUGCAGGGUAUGAAGCUAUGCGUAGGGGAAGCUCAGCACCCCAGGACCCAGCACAACAACCUCAAGAUAUGGAGGGGCAGCAAGCUCAGCGCCACGGAGGUACUGAACAAGGAGCAGAUGAAGAUGUAUGGGGAGAAGUUGAUCAGUAUCCUUGGGAGCAAAGAGACGAAAGCCCAUUCCCAACGAAAGAGCAAGACGCCUGGCCUAGUGGUGGCAGUGACCCAUGGGGUGACGGCGGCGACGGCGCUGACGGCAGUGACGUUGAUGAUUUUUUUUAA